AAAGCGCGCUGUAUCUGUGGAAACAAAUGGUAUUUUUUUAAUCAGGGUUAAAUCUCUACUGACUAAUAAAUCUAGAAACAAUCUACUCUGUAUCUGAUCUUUGGCCAUUGUCUUGGUGAGAACUACCCCGCCAAUAAAACUGCCUCUUCAUGUGGAUGGAGGUGUCGGGCCCUGUGCCGGGGUUGUAAAAUCAUACGGUACUGUAGUAUUGUCCACACUCCUCCACCCCUACCACCACCCCCUCCCAUGUACUUAGAGCAAACACGACGUCAUCAGCCGUGUGGCCGACAGGUGAGCUUUACCAGGAAGGUGAGUGUUUAGUUAAAGUAAAACUCGCCUUUGCCCCGCGGCGGCUGACAGCAGGCUCCGGGGGCCAUUAUGUACCAGGCAGUUGGCUCGCCAGGAUGUCCGUGAGCUACCUGUUGGAAAGGGACGGCGGCGCGAUGUACAGCAACCCCACGCGGCAUGUCAACCUCGGCUACAGCCACCAGAACGUGUACCCGUCGCCACCGUACUCGGACUAUGCCAGCUACCAUCAUGUAUCUGCAAUGGGCAACGAGCACCAUCACGGAGCCCAGAGCGGGGGCGCGUGGAAUCCCAUGUACGCGCCUGCGCACGACGAGUGGCCGCUGUAUACGCACGGUGCCACACACGCGCCCUUCCCGGGCCUCGGGCCAGUGAACACGGGGAACGUUAGCGGCUUGGUGGCGCCGCAGGAGCAGCGCAGCAUACCGAGUAAUCCCGGUCCUCCUCAGCUAUCCCCUGUGUCUGAGAGGGACCAGGCAGAAUGGGCGAGACGUAUAGGACCACCCGUGACCAAAGGAGUGAAGACAAGGACAAAGGACAAGUACAGGGUGGUGUACAGCGACCACCAACGCCUGGAGCUUGAGAAGGAAUUCCACUUCAGCCGCUACAUCACCAUCAGGCGGAAGGCCGAGCUCGCUGUAGCUCUCAACCUCUCUGAACGGCAGGUAAAGAUCUGGUUUCAGAACAGACGUGCCAAAGAGAGAAAGCUGAACAGGAAGAAGAUCCAGCAGUCACAGCAGGCCUCCACCACUACAGCCACUCCACCUGCCAUCGAUAUCCACACAAACGCUGCUAUAGUCGCGAGCACCAGCGGCAGCUUGUUGACAGAGACGUUAUCUACGGCUAUUAAAGAAGAAUACUAAAAAGCGCUGAUAGGAGAGGUGGAACAUGCAAUGUCGACGUUAAACUAAAGAAACCAAAAGUUUACACUAGACUCUCAGUGAUAUCACUAAAAUUUACCAUUACACAAGAAAUAGCAAAUUAAUGAAUCACAAUAUUUUAAUUACAUUUCAAUUAUAAGAGAACAUUGUGAUUAAGGAGAAGUUUUUUUAAUGCUUUUUUAAUGCCAAUUAAUGAUGUACCGUUUUAGACAGACAUUUAGUCUAUAUUUGAAAUGCUAUUUGAACUGUAUGUGUGAAGUGUUUUCUACUGUGUGCCAAACCAAUUAGACUAAUAAAUAUUCGGAACAAGUAAAUAAUGCAUAAAUAAGAUACAUUAAUCUUUGUAUGCAGAAUAAAAAGUUAAUAUUAUAAAA